AUUUUCUUUAGUUUUUGUGGUUUCUUUGUGAAUUGGGUAUCAAACCUUUCUCUGUUAGUUUCUGCCAGGCCCUAGCGCGAGAAUGAGAAUUGAUUUGUCAUUGAAAGGAAGAAGUGCAAUUCGGGGAUGUUGUCAAUUGGGAUUGACGCCAGGGCAAAGUAAAAUGAAGAAGAAGAAGGCUCCGAAAUCAGCCUCCUCUUUUGUAGUGAUGGCUUGUGGCAUAUAUAUUAUUGGUGGACUCGUAGACGGCAAACCCACUUCCGAAGUCUCGUUUUUCGAUUGUUUCGAGCACAGAUGGUAUCGCUUGCCGCCAAUGAAGAUGGCUCGUGCUUCCGCAUCGGCAAGCCUGAUGACAGAUUCGAAGAUAUAUGUGUUUGGAGGGUGCGGGGAAGAUGUCGCCAAUUCCUCAAACUGGGCAGAGGUGUUCGAUGUCGCUACCCUAACUUGGGAUUUCUUGUAUGUGUUUACGCCCAAGAUGCCCCUUAAUAUCCAACAAAGUGUGGUAAUGAUAAAAGAGAAGGAGGUUUACGUAGUGGAUGAGGAUGGUCAAAACUUCUCUUUCUCACCAAGUAAAUGUAUGUUUGUGGCAAGGGGCAAAACAGAUUCUAUACCAGGAAACAUUUACAGAAACGAUUGGUGUGUCAUUGGGACAUUCUUAUUUUGUCGUGGUACCCGCGGAAGAAUAUUGUGGUGUUUGCCCUAUGAGUUGCAUUGGAAGGAAGUCAAGGGUUUGGAAGAACUGCAACAGUGGGGAUUUGAUAUCACCAAACUUUGCACCAACCCUGCUGGGAAUAUUGUUAUCUUUUGGAAACCGCAUCCUCAGAGUUUGGAGCUUUGGUCUGCCGAGAUUUCCAUAUCCUUGGUGAAACGCAGACGCAGUGGACGCGAGAUUUUGGGGAAGAUUGAAUGGUCUGGUGCUGUCUUCAAACUUGAUCCUCUCAUAGACUCAUCAUAUAGCUUAAAGGGUAAACUAAAAAUGUCAUUACCACCACCACCAUACAUCUAUAGCUCCCCACCAGCAUACAUCUAUAGCUCCCCUUCUCCUAAAGUUGACUACAAGUCUCCACCACCACCAUACGUCUACAGCUCCCCACCACCUCCACCGUACUACUCCCCUUCUCCUAAGAUAGACUACAAGUCUCCACCACCACCAUACGUCUACAGCUCCCCACCACCUCCACCGUGAUGACCUUUUCUCAAUUUGUAUUGUGUAUGCUUAACUAUGUCAAAUGUCGAAGAAUAUUCUAACAAACAUUUGUUGUAGUCUCUAGCAACAUAAACAAUGGCCAUCGAGAAGUUUUCACAUGUUCUAUUACUUUCGUUGAUUUUGUUUGCUCUCAUCCUUCCGUCCGUGUUUUCAGUCAAAGGCACACCAUGUAUACAAGGAUCAGUAUGUUCAAACGAUAUGACUUGCAAUGAACUUUGUAAAUUUAA